AUGCCAGAAAGACUUCACUACAUCACCAUGAACAUUAGCGCCACUUUAAAUGUCUGUCGCCUCUUCUUGAGCCCAAGUCUCUGUCUUCCUCAUAUACAGGCAUCUAACUUUAAUGAGCUCCGGUUCCCACUCGUUUCCACAAUAUUACCAACUCCACUAGAAAAAAAGCCCUCGAUUCGUGCUAUUGUCCUCGAUAAGGACAAUUGCUUUGCCUCAAAUCAUGACGAUAAGGUUUGGCCUACCUACAAGUCCAAAUGGACCGAACUACGUGCUAAGUACCCUGAAGCAAGCCUUCUUAUUGUUAGCAAUUCGGCAGGAACCAACGAUGAUCCGGGCCACGCUGAAGCUGCUCGGGUUGAAGCGAAUACCGGAAUACCUGUACUUCGUCACUCUACAAAAAAACCAGGGUGUUAUCCGGAAAUAUUAGAGUACUUCUACGCUAAUGGGGCCAUCGACUAUCCUUCCCAGAUAGCAAUAGUUGGAGAUCGUUUAUUCACAGACAUUUUGAUGGCUAACAUGAUGGGAGCCCAGGGAGUGUGGCUAAGUAAAGGAGUGGUUGAAAGUCAAAGCUUGAUUUGCAAGAUUGAACGAUUCGUUUAUAAUAGCUUGAUUGCUCGUGGUUACAAGCCUCCAUCUGUAAAAUAA